UAUCCGGACAGCCGGGCACUCCCCGUUGUGCUGCAGGAGACAACACGCGCUCACAUCCCCAGAUGGUCCAACUUCCAUAACAAACUUCCCAGAUUUGGAGGAUAUAAGAAAAUUCUGGAUAUUCUUGUUCUUGUUCUAACCACUGGACCAAGAAGAGGUCAUGGAUCCAGUUGUGGAAGUAGUAGCUCUGGUUUUGGGGUUCGUUGGCUGGGUGAUGGUUGGGAUUGCUCUGCCAAAUCGCUACUGGAAGACCUCCACUGUGGACGGGAACGUCAUCACCACCUCCACCAUUUAUGAAAACCUGUGGAUGUCCUGUGCUACGGAUUCAACCGGAGUCCACAACUGCAGGGAGUUUCCGUCACUGUUGGCUUUGAACGGUUACAUUCAGGCCUCCCGCGCUUUGAUGAUUGUCUCCAUCGUGUUGGGCUCCUUUGGGUUGAUGGGGGCUCUGAUAGGAGUCCAGUGUUCCAAAGCUGGGGGAGAAAACUACACCCUGAAGGGGAGGAUCGCAGGCACUGCUGGGGUCCUCUUUUUACUCCAGGGUUUGUGCACGAUGAUCUCAGUGUCCUGGUACGCCUUCAACAUCACCCGCGACUUCUUUGACCCUUUGUAUCCCGGCAUAAGGUAUGAGAUCGGAGAAGGACUUUACAUCGGCUGGUGCUCUGCUGUGCUCGCCAUCGCAGGAGGAGCGUGCCUCACCUGCUCCUGCAAAAUGGCCAAAAAGGAAAAAUAUCCAGUGACUUAUCAAACUAGGGGGACAGCGUACUCCGGAGCAGCACCGAGCAGAAGUGCCGCCGCCAGCACUUAUGGACGAAAUGCUUACGUCUGAAGUGCUGGAAGUGCCCCAGUACCUUUGCACCACCAGUGUUUCCUGUUGAUACUGUAAAUAUUGUACACAGCUUUUCUGUGCAUCGCUGCACAGACUGAAAUCCGUCAGUAAUUCUGUUCACAUUCCACUUACAUCGCUUAUUUUCUUAGGAAAAAAAAAAGAGAGAGAAGGUAAUCAUGUGAUGAUCUGUGUAAACACGGAUGGACAUUUCUGAGGUCAAAGAUUGUUUUGUACAGUUUCUUAGAACAGGAUGAUGGGUUUUUAUUGUUUCAAUUGUCUUUUUUAUACUACUGAACACAAUAAAAUGUAAAAUGCUAAA